GUUACGACUGAUCGACAAGCAUGAGGCGGAAUAAAAAUAAGAUCCCUAAGCGAAAUGUUGAAGUGCUGAAGGACUUAAUAAUCUCAGACGAUCUCGAGAAGCUGGGAGCCCUCAUUGAAUUAGUCCCAUCGAUUGUAAACUGUCAAUUUAAGACACAAGAUGGUGGACAUGUGUGCUACUGGACACCAUUGUGUUGGGCUGUCAAAAAUGGAAGUCUGAAUGCAAUUCAGAUUCUAAUCGAACAAGGAGCAGACAUGUAUUAUGUUGGUUGUCAGACUCUGGGAUUUCAGAGAUCCUCUUUCACUGCAUACUCUUUGGCCAUGUCUGUUCCAUAUCAGCUGAAGGCAUUGAAAAAGUUGCUGGAAUUAGGAAUUGCUGUUGACCAGCCCAUUGCUAGCCCUGAGGUAACAGAAGAAGAAGGAGGUAGGUUGUCCUACGCUGGCUAUGUAACAGGUCUGCAUUACGCUGUCUGCACCUACAAUCUUCCGUUGUCUCAGCUGCUCCUUCAGCACGGUGCAUCAGUCCACAAACUUGACAAGCACGGCAACACAGCUCUGCAUCUGGCUUGUGAGAACGCAUCUUCAGAGAUCAUCAAGCUUUUGGCAUUUUAUGGAGGAAUUGAUAAUUCCAUAAACACAGAUUGUUUGUCACCGUUUGGCUUGUUGUGGCAGUCCAUGUCAGUUACAGACAGAACUGCGACUGCUCUGGACAGUGGUCAGGUUUAUAGGUGGAUGACAGGAUUAGGGAAACCUCUGCUUUUCACAGGUGUGCGUCACAAACCUCUUGACUUAAAGCUGUAG